AUGAUUAAUAUAAGUGAUUUACCAGUAGUAAGUAGAAGUGGAGACAAGAGAAUAUGUACUGGAACUAUCACAGGCCAUUUUACAGUUGCUUCAGCAGUGGAAGUCAUGAGACAUAAAUUUCCUCCUUUGCAUUGGACAAAAAAGGUAUGGCACAAAUCUAUUCAUCCUAGUAUUUCUAGUAAUAUUUGGAAACUAGGUAGAAAUAUUUGUGCAACUGAUGAUAAUAUGAAGAAAAGAAAGUUCCAUAGAGUAUCGAGAUGCAUAUUAUGCAGAAGAAGGGAGGAAACAAAAGACCAUAUGCUUUGGUAUUGUAAUUACAGUGAGAUCAUUUGGAGCUGGUUGGGCGGCAUCUUUAACUUUAAAAAUCCAAGAUCUUUUGAGGAUAUAUUUCAGCUGGAAAAAAACAAGAGUCCAGCUAUCAAAGAAAUAUGGUUGUUGUGUGCAUUUGUUAGUAUGAAGGAACUCUGGUUCUUGAGAGAUGAUUGGACUUAUGGAAAAGAGGAAGUUAAUAUCAAUGCCACUAAGAAGAGGAUAAUGAAAAUCAUAUCUGACUGUGAUAUAAGAAUGAAAGCACAUAUGUGGAAUAGCCAAUAUGAUCUGCAAGUACUCAAAAGUUUUGGAUUAAAGACCAGAAGGGUGGAGAGCUUGAUAAUUAAAGAAGUCUACUUCCAAUUACCAAGUCAGGGUAAAUUAUUGCUUUGUUGUGAUGGUGCAUCUAGAGGAAAUCCAGGUAUGACUGGGUAUGGGAUUGUUGGGAGAACUCACACAGGUGAAUUUGUGGUUGCAAUUUCAGGAGGAUUAGGCAUAUCAACAAAUUUUUAUGCAGAAGUAUUUUCCAUACUAAUUGCAGGGGAAUGGGAAAUACAGAAUGAAUUCCAAGAACUUUUCAGAACAGAUUCUCGAGCAGUAAAGAAUGCCUUCCAGAGUGGGAAAUUUCCUUGGUUUACAAUAACAAGAUGGGAGAAGAUAUGUGUUGUUGUGUUAUCCUGGAGCUUCACUCAUAGUUACAGAGAAGUUAACUUCUCAGCUGACAACAUGGCAAAAAAGGGUGUUGCUCUUGGUAGAGGAGAAAAAAGAGUAUAUGAUAGUAAACCAUCAUUCUUGGGCUGUCUGGAAAGCCCAGAUCAAGUUUAUUUUAAAUUUUGUUAA